AUGCGGUCAGACCAGUCCCCAGUGGCCCAGCCGGCCCUGCAGCCCUGGGACAUGACGCCCACGCGCUUCUCGGGAAAGGCGCUGUCUGCCGGGGCACAGCCGGCCCGGCCUGGGCUCCGUCUUGCUUUCCGGGAAGGGACGCCCAGGACGGAGCCGGGCCGGGCCAGCGCUGGGCAGCUCAGCGGCGACCUCCUGGCCUGGCCUUCCUCCCGGGGCGGUUCAUGCGCGCACCCCGUCGGCCGGACCUGCGGUGCCGGAGCCACGGCGGCGCCGGAGGGGCGCUGGCCCUUGGUGUCCACCCGUGAGUGCCCCGCCGCCCGGACACCCGGUUUCCGUCAGACGCGCGGAGCCCCUGGGCACCACGGCUUCCUCGCUCACCUGCGCGUCACAGUCGGCCACGAGCCCAUCGGCCUCAGAGCCUUUGAGGCCCCGACCGCCAGGGCUGGCGCCUCUCAGCUUGGCGUCGGGGGCCGAGACCUGCGAAGCAGCUGGCCCUUCGAGCCAGGCCUCUACGACCCCUCCUGGUCAGCCCUGCUCCAGAGCCGCUCUCAGGGCCCCCUCUGCACAAACUCUGGGUCCUUCCUGGAGCUGCUGGGCCUGUCCGCGAGGACCCCAGGGGCCCGAGGCACUGACAGCUCCCUCCUGCCCCCUCUGCCCUCCAGCACCUCGGACACCUCCCCGUACCGGGUGCUGCUGGGGGCGCGGCAGCUGGCGGUGCCGGGGCCGCACGCCGUGUCCGCCCGCGUGAAGCGCGUGGAGAGCAACCCCCUGUACCAGGGCAUGGCCUCCAGCGCCGACGUGGCCCUGGUGGAGCUGGAGGCGCCCGUGACCUUCACCCGCCACGUCCUGCCCGUGUGCCUGCCUGACUCCUCCGUGGUCUUCGAGGCGGGCACCAGCUGCUGGGUCACUGGCUGGGGCAGCGCCGGCGAGCAAGACCAGCUGCCCAACCCCCGGGUCCUGCAGAAACUGGCAGUGCCCAUCAUUGACACGUCCAGCUGCAACCGGCUCUACAGCAAGGACGCGGAGCCCGGCCUCCUGCCGAAGACCGUCAGGGAAGACAUGCUGUGUGCUGGCUUCGCCGAGGGCCAGAGGGACGCCUGCAAGGGCGACUCCGGGGGCCCCCUGGUGUGCCUGGUGGGCCAGUCCUGGCUGCAGGCUGGGGUGAUCAGCUGGGGCGAGGGCUGCGCUCGCCGGAACCGCCCCGGGGUCUACAUCCAGGUGGCUGCCCACCGGCGCUGGAUCCACCGCGUCAUCCCAGAGCUGCAGUUCCAGCCCUCGAGGUCAGGUGGCCGGGAGCGAGGCCCCCGGGCCCAGCGGCCCCCCGGACACCUGCAGCCCCGCCCCCUGGCUGCAGACCCAGCUCCCCCGGACUCUGGCCAGCAGCAGGCUCCAGGGUCCUCGCCGCGAGCGCAAGCCCAUCAGGAGGCUGGUCGCCGCCCUCACAGCCGCUGGCGCCCCUCUGCAGGGGUGCUGCCCAGCCCGCCGCCACCCCCAUGGGCCCACAGCACCGACUUCUCUGCAGCAACCGCCUCAGAGACAGAGACUGACCCGCUCCUGACCUUCCUGCGCGGACCUCAGUUUUGUAACCUGAAGUGCGAAGGCGGUGAUGUGGGUGACCCCGGCACCCGGGAGGUCAGCGACGGCCGCGGACCCCCGCCAGUGCCCAGCGCGCCUCCGCGGAAGGUGGAAGCGGAGGCGCUCAACGCCACGGCCAUCCGCGUGCUGUGGCGCUCGCCAGCGCCCGGCCGGCAGCAUGGCCAGAUCCGCGGCUACCAGGUCCACUACGUGCGCAUGGAGGGCGCGGAGGCCCGAGGGCCGCCCCGCAUUAAGGACGUCAUGCUGGCCGACGCCCAGGCUGUGGAGGCGACGGGGUGCCUGGCGGUGCAGCCGGAGGUAGUGGUGCGGUCCGGGGAGAUCGGGUCUCCUAGCAGCCACGUGCGCCUGCUACAACCCGCAGGCUCCCCUGCUUCCCCGCCACCGACCGCCAGAGAAAGCGCGGGCGGGGCUCACUCUGGGGCGCACGGCCACGGCCUGUUCCAGAGGCGAGGCGGAACGCGGGGUGAGCCUGAAGAUAAAUUCCUGAAAGAGACAGCCAGACACCAGGACCUGCCCCGGAGCAACACAAGGCGGCUGAAUCCCAGCCUCACGCCCCCGGGCCCCGGUUGGGGGGACUGGCCUGUGCCUGUCCAUCCCAUGAGGGAUGGAUGCAGCCCGGGUCUGGCAGAGUCCUGA